GAGACGACGAGAUGAGUGCACGUGUGUGUGAAAGAGAACAACUUUUUUUUUGUUAAUGUCGUGUCUGAUGUGUGUUUCCGAAGCCCUGGACUUUUAAGACGGACGUUGCCUUGUACUAAAGGGAUCGCCCAAUACAAGCACUCCAAUAAAAAAGCCCAUGUCGCCGUUUGCUAAAUUUAGACAAUUGGAUCGGCAGAACAGUGCGCCUGCUUCUCCUAGCACUCCGAAAACCCCGAGCAAGGAGUUUCAGUUUAAAUUUACUGAUCCAACGGUGCAGAACAAUGCAGCAUUGAUAAAGGAGCGAUUGUUAUCAUGGUGCCGCGCCAAAACCAAAGAGUAUGAGAACGUGCAAUUGGAUAAUUUUUCAACGAGUUGGAACGACGGCAUGGCAUUUUGUGCUUUGAUUCAUCACUUUAGACCAGAAGCCUUCGAUUACAAAAGCCUUCGGCCCGAAGAUCGCAAAAGGAACUUUGAAUUGGCAUUUACGAAAGCAGAUGAACUGGCAGGUAUCGCACCGCUGCUCGAUGUCGAAGACAUGGUGAUGAUGAAGCGUCCAGAUUGGAAAUGUGUGUUUACUUACGUCCAGUCUAUUUACCGUCGAUUCAAGGACGAAGAUUAACAGCCGAACUCAGUCCAUGUAUAUUGUUACGUUAUGUUUAUUUGAAAAGCUACAAUCUACUUUUGUUGUUUUGUCGCCAAAAAAAAAAAAAUAGACGUUUGGUGUUGACGUCGCUAAUAUUGCAAAUCGCUGAUCACCCGCAAAAUAGCUUAACUCUGUUAAUCGCUCAUCGGUAACACAGGCAGAUGAUUAUUCAACAAGUGUUUUCACACACGACAACAGAAAUCCUGUGUAUUUUAUACUCCCGGCAUCUUUGUACUACAAAGAUAUGUUUGUAUGUUUAUACAGGAAUCUCGCUGCGUUUUGAUGUUUUUUUUAUGAAUUAAUAUAUGACAUUGUUUGAAAGAGACGCUUUUAAAAAGAUACAAAUGACGAUUGUUAUUUUUUUUAUAAAAACCCUUUAUUUUUUAUCUUGAUCUUGUAGAAUUAAACAUGCUUACGUUAUUAAUUAGGAAAUUCAUCACACAACACUGUAACUGGUUAAAACGAAAAAUAUAAAUACAUGUACUGCAUUCAGCACUAGUAUUUUGUAAUAUACUACGUAUGAGUGAAGUAAGAACAACACAAAGUUAUCAACAAAAAGACAUUUUGAUUAAGAACUAAAGUGAAAGUAUGUUAAAGUCUAUGCUAUUUUAUAACUUGAAAGAAGUCACAAAACUGUGCUUGUCAGUUUUAGUGUCUGUAUAAAACUUAUCUCAACAGCACUGGUAAAAAUAACCAAGCACUGUACUAGUCAUGUCUAUAUAUAGUAUAUACAACAUUAAAAUAGAAUAUACAUUAAAGAUGACUAUCAUCUAGUGAAUUGUUGA